AUGCUCGUUGGGUCGAUCGCUAUCUACGUUUGGGGACAAGUCAUGUACUUGUCGCCGUCGAUCCAGUUGAGCUUCAUGAACGCCAUCAGUCCGUUCUGGAGUGUUCCGUUGACCCCGCCACCUCCCGGUUCGGGGCUCAAGGCCUACGGACACUAUGAAAUGCUCGCUCCGACGUUCUUUGUGUUGUUCACGGUACUACCACUGCUCGCGAGUUUGAUCUUCUUCGAGUUUGUUCGCGACUACAACGUCCAUCGCCACACAGCACGUCGAGUAUUGGCGGUUUCAGCUUUGCUACGUCGGAAGCCUCCGCGUUUCAAGUCGAUCCCUGGUCUCCAAUGGAUGAAAGAGUAUUGCUAUGGAGAACUUCUCUUUAUCGCGUUCUUGGUCGUCGGCAACGUCGUCUUGUUCGUGUACGGAUGGAUCAAUCAACGUCGCGUUCUUCCUCGUCCAGGAGAUCCGUACGACUUCAACACAGUGCUAGAGCUCAGUGGGGUCGUGUUUGGCUACAGCUCUGUCUUCAACUUGGCGUUCGUCUUCCUGCCCUGUACACGACACUGCGCUUGGAUGGAGUUUUUCAACAUCUCGUACGCGAAUGGGGUCAAGUAUCAUCGCUGGCUUGGAAUGUUGUCUAUCUAUACUGCAGUUCUACACGCGAUACCAUUCUACUGGAUGUGGGCGCGUCAAGGUGUGCUAGCUAAGCAAGCACUACCGUGUUUUGACUGCCAGCUCGACUAUUGGCACAUUGGGUAUCCCAAGUGGUUCAACGUCUUCGGUGAGAUCUCGCUCUUCUUCAUGCUCGUCGUCACCUACACGUCGCACCCGUGGGUUCGUCGAAACCUCUUCGAAGUGUUCUACUACGUGCACCACCUGUACAUCCCCGCUGUGAUCUUCGCUGUGCUACAUUUCAACGUGAUCGUUUGGUGGCUGCUACCCACACUCGUCCUGUACCUGUCGAGUCGAGCGAUUUCCCGCUGGAACUCGCUUUUCCCAGUGCAAGUGCUUGAGUUUUCGUGCCUGCCUGAGGGUCUGGUCAAAAUUGUGCUCGCUCGGUCUACCACUGGCGGCUUUGACAUUGGACAGUUCGUGUACUUGAACGUGCCUGCUAUUUCCAAGCUGCAGUGGCACGCAUUUACCAUCAGUUCUUCACCUCGUACAAGUCCGACGUCUCUGACUAUUCUCGCCAAGUCGUUAGGAGACUGGACGCAGGACCUUGUUCAACACGCACAAGAAUGUCGAGAUAAAGACAAACUUCCACUUGUGUACAUGGACGGCUACUACGGUGCCUCACUCGCAGGAUACGACGAGUAUUCCACCGUGUGUCUCAUUGGCGGCGGUAUCGAUGCUACCCCACUGUUUGCUAUACUGGAGGAUAUGCGCUUUACACUGCGCUUCAAUCUGACUCGUACGCCUAGUAAGGUUAUGCUGGACACAUCGAUUGACUACGAGAGAUUACGAGGCAAGACCAGUAUCAUUCAACACACACACGCUCAGUCAGGGGGAUUUAUGAGGCUGCGUGGUACUCCGGCUCCUUUUAUCGAGCCGCUUCGCUCCAGAGGCGCUAAAAUCGUGCUGUACAUGGCAAUGUUUGUGCCGAUCACUUUGUUGGUAUUGUGGCUCGAAUUCGACAACGGAGUGUUGAUGGAUCACGGCAAGAAAACCCAGUAUUGGCCCCUGCAGAAUUUCGUGGAAAUCGGAGUUGUAUUCCUUAUCCCGAUCGUGGCUAUUCGACCAACCACACCAAGUUUAGAUGUUGGUGGCGAGGACCCACGUCUACGAACAUUGCGCGAUUUGGUGGAGAGGUAUGAUGUCACUUGUGGAACUCGGCCGAAUAUGGCCCAAAUUAUGCGAGAAGUGCUGGAGAUGCACAACUGCACAAGUGGAACACCGAUUGGGGUCUUCAUUUCGGGACCUGAGGCACUGAAGACUGCAACCGACGAUGCCAUUGCUGACUUAGGAACACACAACUUUGAUGUUUAUGAAGAGGAAUUCGAGCUUUAACGAGCUAAAAGAGUAUUACAUGUACCAGCACACAACAGAUAUUUUACUUC